AGUGGGAGCGAAGCGCAUCCGCAGAGGAUCCUCGGUUGGAGGCUCAAAACCUCCCGCACCCAACCAAACUCCAGCCUCACAUCACACACACACACCCCACUGCUCCUUCCUUCCUUCCUUCCGUUUACUCCCUCUCCCUCCCUCCCUCCUCACAUCUCUCUCGCCGCUCUCCAAACAAAGGAGGAAGCCACGGAAAGAAAGAAACCGAGAAAUCUCCCCCCCUGUGCGUGUGGCGGCGAGGUCCAAGGCCGAGGAUCAUGUCUUCGGCGGCGGCGGGGGAAGGGGGGAAGGAGAGAGGCGGCGCCGGCGCCGGCCCCGGGGGCGCGUGCGAGCUGUGCGGCGCCGCGGCCAGGGUGUACUGCGGCGCCGACGAGGCCACGCUCUGCUGGGGCUGCGACGCGCAGGUGCACGGCGCCAACUUCCUGGUGGCGCGCCACGCGCGCGCGCUCCUGUGCCGGGGCUGCGCGCGCCCCACGCCGUGGCGCGCCGCGGGCCCGCGCCUCGGCCCCACCGCCUCCCUCUGCGACCGCUGCGUCCGCCGCGGCCCUGGCGCUGUGGGCGUGGGCGGCGGCGACGAGGAGAUGGGCGGCGCGGGCGACGGCCGCGGCCACGAAGAAGAGGACCACGACGACGACGGCGGCGACGAUGACGACGAGGUGGUCGUUGAGGACGACGAGGAUGAGGAGGAGGAGGAGGAGGAAGGGGAGGGGGAGAACCAGGUCGUGCCGUGGACGGAGGAGGCCGAGGCGACGCCGCCGCCCGUCGCCAGUUCCACGUCCAGCAGCAGCCGGGAGGCCCCCGCCAACGGCGCGAGCGCCGCAGAUUGCGCAAAGGAAAACAUGCCGUGCUCCACCUCGCAGCCGGGCCUGUGCCACCACUUGUCGUCAGCGCACCACGGCGGCCGCAGCGACGAGGCCACCUCCUCCCGGAACGGUGGCCGGUUCCUCGCCUCCUCCCGCCACAGGAAGAGAUCACCCUCAGAUUUCUUCAGCUCUGGGUCGGCGCAAUCCGGGAGCGGCACUCCGGCGAGGAAUUGCUCCAACGCGGGCAUUGGCCGAAAUGACUUUACCUGAGGCAGGCAACAUGUGACUGGUGUAGAUGAUGAUGCUAACUACAUUAGAAGGUCACUUUUAGUGUAUCCAAGCUUCGGGAAGGUGUGGAUCAUGACGAGAUCAGUCUCCGUCAAGGCAUACAUCUUUCUUCGGUCAUCAAAUUGAGGCGUACAUCGUUCUUCAGUCGUCAACCUUGUGCGCGCAUAGUUAUCAGGGCAGCUGCCCCAGAACCAUGAUAGUAUUCCUAAAUGGCGACGACUUUGUAUAUGUCCCCCGACUUUGUUGUGUUUAAUUCCUUCCUCCUCUUCUGUUUGUGGAUGAGGUGUAUGUGCUAACCUAAGAGAAAUGAUAUAGGCUCGCAUUUUCACUGGCAUUGUGUGAUGGAUGGCCUCACUGUCUCGGUGCUUCCUUUGUGCCCUAA